AGCCGGUCCGCAGGGCAGGCGGAAGUAGCGCAGGCGAGGUAGCCCCCGCAGGGAAAGUGCCGCGCGGUGCUUGCAGAGCCGGGUCGUGGCUCAUGCGCCUUGGCCCAAGAUGCCGCGUUUCGCUCUGACCGUCAUCCGCCAUGGCGAAACAAGACUUAAUAAGGAGAAAAUCAUUCAAGGGCAAGGAGUGGACGAGCCCCUCUCUGAGACUGGGUUUAAGCAAGCGGCUGCCACUGGUCAGUUUCUGAACGGUGUGCACUUCACGCACGCUUUCUGCAGCGACCUCACGAGGACCAAGCAGACCAUACAUGGCAUUUUGGAGAAAAACAGAUUUUGCAAAGACAUGGCAGUGAAGUGUGACCCCAGACUUCGAGAAAGGAAGUACGGGGUCGCAGAAGGCAAGCCUCUGAGCGAGCUUCGGGCCAUGGCCAAAGCUGCUGGGGAGGAGUGUCCCGUGUUCACCCCACCCGGAGGAGAGACGAUGGAGCAGGUAAAAAUGCGUGGAAAGGAUUUCUUUGACUUUAUUUGUCAGCUAAUCCUGGGCAAGACAGGCCAGAGAGAAAGCUUCCCCAGAACUCCAGGCAUCUCUUUGGAGAGCUGUUUGGCGGAGGUUUUCCCUGUAGGAAAACGUGGCAGCUUGGAGCUGCAUCCCGAUGGAGUCGCCCCGGAUUUAGCAGCCAGCAUCUUAGUUGUGAGCCACGGAGGUUACAUGAAAAGUCUCUUUGGUUAUCUCCUGAGUGACCUCAAAUGCUCAUUGCCAGCAACACUAGGCAAAGCUGAACUUUCGUCAGUCAGCGCCAAUACGGGAAUUAGUGUCUUCAUCGUGGACUGCGAGGAAGGGCGCAAACCAGCAAUUCAGUGUGUCUGUAUGAACCUCCAGGAGCAUCUGAAUGGAGUGACUGAAAAACACUGAGGUUAAAACCCUUCCACCCUGGAGCUUCUGAAGGGAGUGCCUUGGCCUGUUGUGUUUGCAUCCACUGCUCCUGUCAUUUCAGAAGCAGUUAAGAAUCCAUGUGCUAAAGCCCCACUGGGGUUCUGGCUUUAUCAGACGGUAGUGGAAAGCCACCCAGAAUCAACCGGUUUUUCUGAGUGCACUCGCCGUUUUCUACAGUAAUUUUGUCACCGUUCCAUUAUGUGUCUGAAUUAUUAAUUUAUGAGGACAUUCAGUGUUGCACAUUGCACAUAGGGGGAAUAAUAGCCUUUUUUUCUACAGUCUUCCUUUCAAUGACCUUUUGGUUGUCUAGCUGACGGUAUUGGCUUUUGAAAGUGACUGUGUGCUUUUUCACUAGCUAAUCAAGUGCUUGCAAGAAAGAAUGGUUUGAAUAAUUCACUGCAUAUUUGCAGUGAUUUUUGUCAGCGUCCAAAGUCCUUCAAACUGAGUCUUCUUCCUGUCACCAGUAUGUGUAAAAGUGAAAUGACAAAGCACUAAAGUAUCUUCCUGUGGAAAUCGGCUCUUGGGAUCUUUUUUAUCCUAAAGGCCUCAAGAUACAGAUGAGGGACUGGAGGGCUGGAUCAGCAGUUAAGAGUACUUCCUGUUCACACAGAGGACCCCAGUUUGGUCCCAUUUCCCAUGCUGGGCAGCUCACUGCUGCCUGAAACUCCAGCACCAGAGAACCAGUGCCCCCUUCUGGCUUCUUCAGGUUACCUGCGCACACAUGCACACAAAAAAAUAAUCAAAUCAGCCUGGGGGGAAGAAACGAACAUACCACCUGAUCAAAACACAUUAAGGAACCUCUGAGCAGAUGGCAAAAGCAACUUUCCAGGCAAACCAAUAAAGAGCAAACCUCAAAUCAUCCUCGCUUCGAAACCACCCUAAGCGUAAAGACUUCCUGGUUUUGGGGCGUUCCCUAAAGUAACCAGUGACCAGCAUCCAGAAGAGGUAUCCAGAAGGAGCAGAUGAAUUGGCCUCCUUUCCUCCAGGUGGCGCCAUAGGAAAGGGAUUUUGAUUGCCACUCAGGAAUCCUUAACUGAACUGAAAAUGCCAGGCUCACCUCACGGUCUCAGGGAGAGGAAUCAGAUGGGAAAAACCUAACACUGCACCCAUCUGUGGAGGAGUCUGACAGGGACAGCCGGUGGGAUGGGGUGCUUAUUGAACAAGUAGGUGUCAAACCCAAGAAACCUAGCGGAGACAAUGCAGUCCACCUGCAAAGGAAGGCACAGGUCAAGGCUUGCCACAACCCAGCAAUAAAGCACUAGGUCCUUCCUAGACCAGGGUUUUACUUGAGACCCCAAAUGCACGUGAACAAAAACAUUGCCAACAUCACGAGUCCAGAGUGUGGCUGUGUUCCAAGAAACUCCAGGGCACGAUUAAGGAGGCUGCAGAAAAGUUACCCUAUCGGAGACAAAGAACUUCAGCUCGUGUUAGCAUUUGGGGCAAGAAUUGCCACAGGAGACUUCAUUCAAGCCCAAGGUGGGUUUUGCUUCUAUUCCCGCAUCUGAGGUUCCCCCUCAACCCACCUCAAGCCUCUGGUAGCAGGUGUGUGGUUCAGAAAACAGUUAUGACAGGGAAUGUGUUGGGCUGGAUUCAUUCAGUUUUACACUUGUCCGACCUGAGCCCCUGGUGCUUCCCUGGCAGCGAUUUCCUCAUACCAGGCUGCAUUUUCCUAUCCCUAAGAUUAGAAGAUAACACGUUACAUUUUGAAAAUGUUAAAAGGAAUUUUAAAAAACUAUAAAAAUCAACAGAAAAAAAAAAACAUAUAAUGGAUAAGCUACCCCAAAGCAGUGUCCAAAGUGUUUCUUUGCUCCAAGAUCGGGUGAGAAGAAACGGUUUCUUUGCCUUCUCAGUAUUAGCCAAAAAAAAAAAACAACCCCAAUUUUCAGAAGUCAUCCUUCUUGUCUCCCCCUGGACAAGCUACCUGAGACGGACUAGCAGACAUCUUGGUACCUGCUGAGCUGCAGCGGUCCUAACCAUCUCCAGCGCCUCCAGGCAGAUUUAGUCACGUUUGCAUAUAUAGGGCUGUUACAAAGAUGAUUCUUAGCAAUUUUGGGUAUGAAAAACAUCAAGUAAAAAGUUGAAAGUUCCCCUCUCCCCACCUUCCAUCUUAUUCUCUUACCAAAAUCUUUUCUUAGUGUUUAAGGAAGUCUGCCUCUGAAUGAUGCGUUGCACAUGUCGGUUGUGAGUGACCAUCUUGAUGACCGCAUGGCUCUCUCAUCACAGGGCUGAGUGUUCAGUGAAGUCCGCCUUCCCAUGAGGUCAGCGUUUUCCUUUGACAGUCUUUUACAGUCUACACCGACUGUAAAAGUUCAGUAUUCACACCACCUACCCACUUUUUCUGCCAGUGCUGGACUUCAGUGCAGCCCAGCAGAGGGCACUUCAGUGAGUUCUCCGGUUCUUUCCUCUUUCCCCAGAGUGUGUGAGGGGGCAGUAUUGUGGUGAUGCCUUUCAAAUGUACAUAAAUACCCAGCCAUCUGUAUUCUUCAUUUUACACAUUGUUUGGGACGUUAUUUACCUGGGAAUGUACGGAUUUAUUUAAUUGUAACCACUAUUCUGUUGACUAAAUAAAGCACCUUUUGUUUA